AAAUAAAAGCCUUAAACUAUCUUCAAAUGUGCCUCCUUCAACCUCACACGGUCGCUCUCUUUUUUGGGCCAAGAACGUAAUCAAUGUCCCGUUUCCUCUGCUCAGAGGUUUAGCUGUUCUUGUUUUUCUUUAGAAAAAUCUUUGUGGGUUUUGUGGGUUUUGUUGUUUUUGUUGUGUUUGUAUGGAUUUUGGAGCGGUGGGUUUUGAUGGGUUGGUGGUGGGUUCAUCGGACAUCUCUGGUUUCUCUUCAGAUCCUGAAAUGAAGCAGAAAUGGUACGAUUCUGCCUCUGUUUCUGGGUUUUUGCACAAACAGGAGCGAUCUGGCGGUGGCGGUGUAGCUGAAAUGGAGGAUUUGAGAGCCUCUAAGCUCCCUAAAACGUCUGCUUCUUCUUUGCUCAGAUCUAAUUCCCCUUUCUUUGUCUCUGAUUCUAACCAAAAUCAUCACCAAAUGCUCUGUUUUUCAUCGCCUAAAGCAGAGCCUCCUCCACUUGAUAAGACAGCUUCUCUCUCAGCUGCUUCCCCUAAUUUCGUCCGAUCCUCCGCCCCAAGAAAUGCAGGCGGUAGUUAUGGAGGUUUGAACGGUGGAAGCAUGCACGGCGGUGGUUUUAUAGGUGUUAGAACUCCGUUCACUCCAUCUCAAUGGAUGGAGCUGGAACACCAGGCUUUGAUCUACAAAUACAUUACUGCUAAUGUCCAUGUUCCUUCUAAUUUGCUCAUUCCCAUCAGAAAAGCGCUUGAAUCUGCUGGCAUUCCGACAUUUGCCGGCGGAUUUCUCCGACCCACUGCCGUGGGGUGGGGAGCUUUCAAUGUGGGGUUUUCAAAUAACAGUGAUCCUGAACCGGGAAGGUGCCGUCGGACCGACGGGAAGAAAUGGCGGUGCUCAAGAGACGCAGUUGCUGACCAGAAGUACUGUGAACGGCAUAUGAACAGAGGCCGCCAUCGUUCAAGAAAGCCUGUGGAAGGCCAAGCCGGCCACUCCCACUCCGUUGCCGGAGCCUCCAAUAUUACCGCUGCUGCCACCACCACCACCGCGUCUAAACUGAUUUCUUCUCCACCUUCCAUGACGGCGGUACCCAGCAACGCCUCCCCCAACACCAUCUCUUGUGCUGGUACUCAUCACUUCAAGAACCUGAACCGCGGUGGAUCUCACCCGCCUCCCUCCUCCGCCACCGCCCCUCAAAUCAACAGAAUGUUCAUAACGAACAAAGAGAAUGCCGGCGUUGGGUUGCAUGAUUCAUCUUCCAUGAACAUGAAACAAUUCAAACAGCUUCCAUUCGCCAUUCAGAAACCGAACCCUUUUGAAGAAUCUCCAAGAGCAGAGUUUACGUCUGUCUCUUCCAAUUUCCUCCUCAACCCUUCACAAAAGACUUCAUCUUUGAUGACUUACAGAGCUUUCAAUCCUUCAGAGGGCCUCACUACUUCUCAACCAGCAGCUGAAACCCAACACUCACUCAAUUGGCCCAAGAACCAAUCCGAUAGCUCAUCGGUGUCGUGGUCGAACUGGAAUCCCGAUCUCCAAUCCGAUAGGACUCAGCUAUCCAUAUCAAUCCCAAUGGCUACAUCGGAUUUCAGAUCCUCGACGUCGUCUCCCGUUCACGAAAAAGUCACUCUCUCGCCGUUGAGAUCUUCGCAGGAGUUCGACCCAAUUCAAAUGGGAUUGGGAGUGGGGAAUGUAAUGGAUGAGGCAAACAAGCAGGCAAAUUGGAUUCCCAUCUCGUGGGAGAGCUCAAUGGGUGGUCCGCUUGGAGAGGUUCUUCAUAGCACGAACAACAACAGCGGGGAAUUGAAGAACUCAUCGAUACUAAACCUGAUGACUGAAGGGUGGGACAACAGUUCGUCGCUUGGGUCAUCGCCCACCGGGGUUCUGCAGAAGACUGCGUUCGGGUCUUUCUCGAACAGCAGCACAGGGAGUAGCCCAAGAACAGAUAACAACAACAAGACUCACGAAGGAGGAGGAGGCAGCCAAUGCAGCGAUCGUUUGGGGUCAACUUUUGUGAAUUCUUCAUCAUCUUUGCCUAGUGGUUAAGAAACAGGUCGAAGAAGAAUUUGAAUUAUAUGUUUGUAUGUGCUGACCUUCCAUAAAUAGUUUGUCAGAAGAGUUCAUUUCGUGUAUGUGAAAUUUGGUGUCUUUUAUUUCUCCCACUCAUGAGGUCUGAGGCCUAUGUUGUAACGAAUGAUUUAAGCUUGACAUGAUUGAUUUUGGUUGUGAAA